AUGGGAAUUUGCAAAUCCAUCUUCAUCGCAGUCGCCCUGCUGGCUGUCACUCUCCAGCCAAUUCUAGCAAUGCCGCAACCAACAGCAGCCCCCGAACUCGUCACUCUCAACAAGCGCGCCUGCUCCGCAGACAACUGCCUCCGUGCUGUCCGAAACAACGUCAAUUCAGCCAUCCCAUUCUGCUCGACAUACACGACCGCUGCAACUGCGACUAUUCCCACCUGGGCAGCGAACUGUCAGGACAACCCCACAAGAGUCACUAGCGCGUGCAACUGUCUUGCGACAGCUCCUUUGACCAAGGUCUAUGGGCCGACAGACGGUACCAAUUAUACUAUUUUCUCACAGGCUCAGAACAUCCGCAGUAGGCCUGAGACCUGGGAAGAGUCACUUACUCAGUGCAUAGGCAUGUGUCAAGCAUCCGGCUCGAACUGCCAGACUUUCUCCCUCGCCGUCAUGCCGCGAGACUUUAACGGUGAGCCUGGUGGCUUGACGUUGUGCUAUUUGUAA